AGCCGAAAACAGCUGCUGUAUUUCGCUAUUUCAUCAUUCAGCAUCAUUAGCUUGUAACGUGCAGACAAACAACGGAAAUCGAAUUACAAAAAUACGCUCGAUUAGUGUACGAAAGUAUUUUUAAACAAUUGAGUACAAAACUAUAAGCAAAUAAUUGUGAAAUCCAGAGAAAUUUACUGCGCGCCAGCAAAGUAAAAAAGCAUAAAAAUGCUAACACGCCGCUCAAUCGUUGGCGUACAAGCGUUGAAACAACAUUGUCGCAAAAUGUCGCAAGUCGGUGAAUUGGGUAGUGGUGCUGGCAAGGGAGGCGGCGGUGGCGGCUCCAUACGUGAGGCAGGCGGCUCGUUUGGCAAAAUGGAGGCAGCGCGCGAGGAGGAAUUUUUCUAUAAGCAGCAAAAGGAGCAAUUGAAGAAUUUGAAAACAAAAAGCGGCGAUGCAACAAAGAAUGCAAAUUUAGCAGCGCAACCGGCGAAACAGUGAAAUGAUGGCAGCGAAGAAGAAAAAAAUACGUUUGGAUUGUUGUCAAUCGGUGCAUUGCCCUCAAUUUGAAAUCAGAAUAUUUUACGGCUACGUAAAUGUGAAGCUAAAAAAUUUGUUUUGACCAUCUAGUUGUACAAAAAUGUUAAGUUUUGAAAGUGAAAAGACUCUUAUUCAAUAAAGGAAUAGGAAAAGUUA